ACGCGUGGAAUCCUCCGCCGUUGCCUGGCGCUGCUCCCCGGGCGGGAGGCGGAGGCGGCCCCAGCCGCUGGCCAAAGGCAAAGGGGAACUUUCAACCCUGCCCGGGGAGGGGGCCGGGGCGCUUCCCCGCCUCCUGCCGGCUUCCCUCGCCAGCUGAAGGGCGAGGCUGCCCUUGGAGAAGGAGGCAGGCAGGCGAGUGCGCCGGUCGGUUCCUCCGCCUCCUUCGCCGGACGGGCUCCAGCGCUUCGGGGGAGGGAGGGAGCCAAGCGGGCAGGCAGGCAAGGAAGCACGCAGGGGCCGGCAGCCGGCGCGGCUCGGGGGCUCAUGGAGCGCUGGAAGAACCGGGUGGCGUUGGUCACGGGCGCCUCGGUGGGCAUCGGAGCGGCCGUGGCUCGGGCGUUGGUGCAGCACGGGCUGAAAGUGGUGGGCUGCGCCCGGAGCGUGGACAAGAUCGAGAAGUUGGCAGCCGAGUGCGAGAGUGCAGGGUAUCCGGGCGUCCUCAUCCCGUAUAAGUGUGACCUCUCGGUGGAAGAGGAGAUUCUGUCCAUGUUCUCCGCCAUCAAGACUCUCCAUCAAGGCGUUGACGUCUGCAUCAACAACGCUGGCCUGGCGCGGCCAGAACCUCUGCUCUCUGGCAAGACCGAGGGCUGGAGAACCAUGAUAGAUGUCAAUAUCUUGGCAGUCACUAUCUGCACCCGGGAAGCUUACCAAUCCAUGAAGGAAAGAAACGUUGACGAUGGACACAUCAUCAACAUUAACAGCAUGAGUGGCCACAGGGUCGUCCCGGAGUCGGUUGUACACUUUUACAGCGCCACAAAAUACGCUGUCACGGCUUUAACCGAAGGGCUUCGGCAGGAAUUAAGAGAAGCCAAGACACACAUACGAGCCACGUGUAUUUCUCCAGGUCUGGUUGAGACGGGAUUCGCUUUUAAACUGCACGCUAAUAAUCCGGAACAAGCUGCGGCCACAUAUGAGAGUAUUAGGUGUCUAAAAGCUGAAGAUAUGGCCAAUGCUGUCAUAUAUGUUCUCAGCGCCCCACCUCAUGUACAGAUCGGCGAUAUUCAGAUGAGACCCACCGAACAAAUGUCCUAGCUGAGGAGGAAGAGGAUGGGACGGCCUUUUUCCAAACAGGGUUUUCUUCAGAUGACUUUCUAAGGGCUUCAAUGAGGGCGGCCUGACGCGCAGCUCUCCUCAGCUGAGCUGACCUCAGUGGAAACGGACAGGAAAAUCUUCUCACCAUAAUCCCUCCACGUAUCUCUUGGUUCUUUCCACCAUGAUUAAUUUGUAAACAACCGUUCCCAACAUACUACAUCACCUGGAUUCUGAUUUCGCGGGGAACGGAACCGUCAGCGGAUCCAGACGGCAAACGUUUCACAAGCCGAUUCCUUCAGCUUUCCUUUGUGACUUGCAACCCAUGUAUGGUUUUCUGGAAAUGCAUUGAAACCGAAACGCU